AUGAAGGAGCUGGUAAAAAACAUCCAGUUUGGCGUGAUGUCACAGGAGGAGAUUGUGAACCUCGCCGAGCUCGAGGUGAUCACGCGCGAUAUCUACGACCUACCCAACCGGCAGCCGCGCGUUGGUGGUGUUCUGGACCGUCGCAUGGGUGUGAGUGAUAAGGUGUCGACGUGUGAGACGUGUGGACAUCGCAUGGCCGACUGUGUGGGGCACUAUGGCUACAUCAAGCUCGUUCUGCCCGUCUUUCAUAUUGGCUUCUUUAAGCAUGUGAUUAGCAUCCUCCAGAUGGUGUGCAAGUCGUGCGCGGGGAUUCUGCUGGACGAGAGCGACCGCCGCAAGUUCCUGCGCCGCUUCCGGCGACCGAACCUCGAGAAUCUACAGCGCACGCAGACGUUCAAGGCGGUGAACGCAACUGCGCGCAAAAUGCUCUAUUGUCCUCACUGUGGUGCGACCAACGGCACGGUGAAAAAGGCGGGGCCGCUCAAGGUCGUCCACGAAAAGUUCCGCCAGAAAAAGACGGAGGAGGAGCAGAUCGAGUUCCGCAAGACUUUUAUGACGGCCGUGAGCAUGGGCGGCGGCGAGCUUGCGCCGCAUCUGAGCAAGGCGCAGGAGGAUCUGAACCCACUGCGAGUGCUCGACCUGUUUAAGCGCAUCAGCGACGAGGACUGCGAGCUGCUCGGACUCAAGCCAGAGUAUGGGCGGCCAGAGGAGUAUAUCUGGCAGUACAUCUGCGUACCCCCGGUCUGUAUCCGCCCCAGUGUCGCGCAGGACGGCGCGACGAACGAGGAUGACCUCACCGUCAAACUCACCGAGAUUGUAUUUACGAACAACAUCAUCAAGUCGGGUCUGUCCAAGGGCAGCAAAGGCACGACCACCGCCCAGCUUGUCGAACAGUGGGACUUUUUGCAGCUCAGCGUCGCCAUGUACAUCAACUCCGAGAUGCCGGGUGUCCCGCCGAUGAGCGGCCACAAGCCGAUCCGCGGUUUUUGCCAGCGCCUCAAGGGCAAGCAGGGGCGUUUCCGUGGUAACCUGUCGGGCAAGCGUGUCGACUUCUCCGGACGUACUGUCAUUUCUCCAGACCCCAACUUGGCGAUCGACGAGCUGGCCGUGCCGGAGCGCGUCGCCAAGAUCCUGACCUACCCUGAGCGUGUCUUUUCGCACAAUAUCGAGGCGAUGCGUGCCGCGGUGCGCAAUGGUACGGAUACGCACCCAGGUGCCAAUUACCACAUCAACGGACGCGACGGCUUCAAGCGCUUCCUCAAGUUCCCCCAGAUGCGCGAGGAGCUCGCGGCGAACCUGCACGUCGGCGACAUCGUCGAGCGCCACCUGCGUGAUGGCGAUAUCGUGCUCUUUAACCGCCAGCCGAGUCUGCACAAGCUGUCGAUCAUGUGCCACCGAGUCAAGGUACGCCCGUGGCGUACGUUCCGUCUGAAUGAGUGUGUCUGCAACCCAUAUAAUGCCGACUUUGACGGUGAUGAGAUGAAUAUGCACGUCCCGCAGACCGAAGAGGCACGGACCGAAGCCCUGACACUGAUGGGUGUCAAGCACAACCUCGUCACGCCGCGUAAUGGUGAGCCGAUCGUCGCGGCGAUCCAGGACUUUAUCACGGCCUCUUUCUUGCUCUCGCGCCGCGACCGCCUCUUUACGCGCGCACAGUUCUCCCAAAUCUGCUCGUACUUUGGCGAUGCGAUGCUGCAUAUUGAUAUCCCGCCGCCUGCGAUCCAAAAACCGGAGCGUCUCUGGACCGGCAAGCAAGUGUUUGGCUGCAUGAUUCGGCCCAACAAGCAGUCGCCAGUCUUGGUCAACUUGGAGGCACGCUGCCGUACAUUUGAGAAACCGACUGGCGGCCACAUCAAGGAGAUGUCGCCGAACGAUGGCUACCUCGUCAUCCAGAACUCCGAGGUGCUCUGCGGUGUGAUGGACAAGGCGACGGUAGGUGACGGCAACAAGCACUCGCUCUUUGGUGUGAUUCUGCGUGACUACGGCCCAGAUGCCACGAUCCAGACGAUGAACCGUCUCGCGAAGACUUGUGCGCGCUGGCUCUCCAACCAGGGCUUCUCACUCGGUAUAAACGACGUGACGCCUGGCCGCCAGCUGCGCGAGACCAAAGACCAAAAUGUCGAGGUCGCCUACCGUCAGUGCCGCGACCUGAUCGAGAUGGCGAAGCGCGGGAAGCUGGAAAACCUGCCGGGCUGUGACCAGGAGCAGACGCUCGAAAGUAAAAUUUCGGGUGUCCUCUCGAGCGUCCGCAGUGACGUGGGUGAGAUCUGCAUGACAGAACUCAGCCGGCACAAUGCGGCACUAAUGAUGGCCGUGUGUGGUUCCAAAGGCUCCAAGAUCAACGUCGCUCAGAUGGUCGCGUGUGUCGGCCAGCAGAUCAUUUCCGGCUCGCGUGUGCCGAACGGCUUCCAGGACCGCUCCUUGCCGCACUUUCCGAAGAAGAGCAAGGACCCGCCCAGCAAGGGUUUUGUCCGCAACUCCUUCUUCAGCGGGUUGGAGCCGACCGAGUUCCUCUUCCACGCGAUCAGUGGACGUGAGGGCCUGGUCGACACGGCGGUCAAGACCGCCGAGACGGGCUACAUGCAGCGCCGUCUCAUGAAGGCGCUCGAAGACUUGUCGACGCACUACGACUUCUCAGUGCGCAACUCGGUCGGUGGUGUGGUACAGUUCUUGUACGGCGACGAUGGUUUGGACCCUGCCGAACUCGAAGGCAACGCGCUCCCCGUCGAAUACCACCGCACCUUCCGGCACGCGUCCGCCAAGACGGCGCACAUCGCGGCGCCGAUCCUGAUGCCGUACGAGAUCAUGAAGAUCGUCGACAAGGCGCUAGCUAACGAUCGCUACCAGCGCGUGUGUACGAGCAAGUACAUCGACCAAGUGCGUGAGUUCUGCCUGGUACAGAUCGCCGAGCACGUUGCCAAGGUGCGUGAAGCCUAUGGCAUGUACGCUGCGCUCGAGCAGGACGGCGACUGGGACGAAGAUACCGACCUGUCGCUCGGCGCUGACGAGGCGCAGUGGGCGAUCGUCAACAACAAGGCGCGCGUUACUAAGCCGAUCCUCGACGAGUUCCUCCAGCAGUGCUGGGAAAAGUACAUGAAGGCGAAGAUCGAGCCGGGUUCGGCCGUCGGUGCCGUCGGUGCUCAGUCGAUCGGUGAGCCGGGUACGCAGAUGACGCUCAAGACUUUCCACUUUGCUGGUGUAGCCUCGAUGAACGUCACGUUGGGUGUUCCGCGUAUCAAGGAAAUUAUCAACGCCGCCAAGGUGAUCAACACGCCCAUUAUUGCCGCGAAGCUCGUCAGUGAGCACAGCGAGCAGGCGGCGCGCAUUGUAAAGGGCCGGAUUGAAAAGACCUACCUUGGCGAUGUUGCCUCGGUGAUUGAGGAGGCAUGGGCCGGAAACUACACGUACCUUGGCAUUCACAUCGAUAUGGAUGCCAUCCAGAAACUCCAGCUGGAGGUUACCCUGGACGAUAUCAAGAAUGCCAUUGUGCAAAUGCCGCGGCUCAAAAUCCGCGACGAGCGCGUGACCAUUCUCCCACGCAAGAACCAGCUCCGGAUCCACGUGUAUCCCGAUGAAAAGGAGAAGGAUGUAUAUUAUACGCUCAAGUACCUCAAGCGGCUCUUGCCCAAGGUCGUGAUCAAGGGUAUUCCCAAUGCAGCACGCGCCGUGAUCAGCGACGAGAAGGGCGAGCGCAAGCUCUUGGUCGAAGGCUACGGCCUGAAAGACGUCAUGACGACAGAGGGCGUCAUCGGCACGCAGACACAGACCAACCAUGUGAUGGAAAUGCAGCAGGUGCUUGGUAUCGAAGCCGCUCGCAAUGCCAUCUACCGCGAGAUUGACUAUACGAUGGCCUCGCACGGCAUGUCGAUCGACCCUCGUCACGUCAUGCUGCUCGCCGACGUGAUGACCUACAAGGGCGAAGUGCUCGGCAUCACACGGUUCGGUGUCGCAAAGAUGAAAGACUCGGUCUUGAUGCUGGCGUCGUUUGAAAAGACGACCGACCACCUGUUCGAUGCCGCUCUCUACGGAAAGUCGGACGCGAUUGCAGGCGUCAGUGAAAGCAUCAUCAUGGGUAACCCUGCUCAGACUGUGGGAACUGGCAUGCCGGCGUUGGUUAGCCAACCGCCCACGCUGCCGCCCCCGCGCCCGCUUGUAUUCGACCGAUAG